ACUAAGCAUAACUAAGCACAGGGAAGAAAUGCUGCAGUAAUAAUAAGCAGUCGGAAGUGUAAACUACCGAGACUAUUCUUUUUUUUUCUAAUUUUUAUAAACAAUAAUUAUUGUGAAUGUAAAAAAAUUCAGUCUGCCUCGGGUGUACAGAACUCUAAUAAUUGAUUUAUUGCUCUAUACAAUAUUUAUUAUAAAUUCCAUUCAUAUUACUCUUUUGUAAAUGAAAUAUUAUGAAUUAUUAGGAUUAUAAAUUCUUAUAAAAGUGCGUUUGUAAACGGAUCAUUCCAUUGUGUCAAAAAUGGGAAAAAGGGACACUAGAUAUGCAUUUAUGAAUCCUAUAGCAAUGGCUAGAGCACGAGGGCCUGCCACCUCUGGAGGGCCAUCUAUUCGGGAUUAUCUAAAUCGAGAUCGACCUUCUUGGGAAGAGGUAAAACAGAUUAUGCAAAAGAAAAAAGAAGGCUCACAUACUCUUGCUGCCUGGGAAGCAAAGAUGAAUGAAAAAUUUAGAGAAGAAUUAAGAAUUAACAGAGAAAAGUUACUAAGAACAAGCACUAGGUCUGAGAAGGAAAAAGCAAAGAAAAGGAGAAAGAAGAGGUCAUCCUCAAGUUCAUCUUCAUCCUCAUCUUCAUCUAGGUGCUCCUCAGAUAAUGACGAGGCUAGAAGUCAUAAACAUAAGCACAAAAAGUCAAGGAAAAAGAGAAGGCAUGAUAAGCAUGAUGAUGGCAAGAAAUAUGAUAAUGGAGAAUCGUGUGGAGCAAGGAAAGUGAAGAAGAAGCAUAAGAAGGAUAAAUAAAUUACUAUUUGAAGCCAUCUGUUCAUUUUGCAUAUCAAAGUAGUCAUUAUAUUUUGUUUUUAAAAUGUUGCAACGGGGAAAAAUUUUAUUUAAAGACUUUUCCCUUGAUUAAAAAUAUGCACUUAAAAAAAAAACUUUAUAUCACAAUGAUAGUUAAAAAAUAUUGUAUUGAUGUAACUGGUUUAAUGCUUAUUUCUAAUUAAUUGAAGUAAAAGGAAAUUUCUUAUGGAGUCAUUAUUUUAAGGAUAUAUGCAAGAUUUGUAUGCAAUUUUAUAAAAAUAAAUAAAUUCAAAUUAAUUUCUUAAAUGUUUAUAAAAAAAUUAAAAACUAAAUUUUUGUAUGUCUUUUUUUUCUAACAAAAUGUGUUUGGUUACAAAAUAUUUACUGAAUCAGUACAUUGUUAAUUAAUCUACUGUUUGCCUAAAUGACACUUAAAACUGUCAAAAAAAUUUAUUACUAUCUUUUAAUAAAUUUAUAUGAUAGCCUAACUAGAAGAAGCUAUUCUUUUAUAUAGUAUUACAACAGUUCUACUUUAAGUUAUGUUGAAAAUAUUCAGAGAAAUUUUCAAUGAUGAGGAAAGUUUCACAUUAGUGCAUAAUUUGACUUGUUAUUUAACUGAUAAUGUAAUUAAAUUUCAAAUUUGAUGAGAAUGGUGAUUAUAUGAACAUAAAAAGAAAUAUGAAUGAAUAUAAAGUUGUUAUUGAAUGAUUAUUUACAAAAUAUGUAGCAACCUGGCAUAAAAGAUAAUUUUAAAAUUAUGCUUUGAUAUGUGUCAUACACGAAAUUUUGUUUCAAUUUGUAAUGAUAGAAAUGUAGUUUAAAUGCUAAAAUUCAUCAAAAAGUUUUUAGUAAAACUUGUGGAGUACUUUCAGUAAAUUUGUGUUAAAAUAAAUUUGCUCUGUCUAUUUGACUUCGUCUAAACACAUUAUCAACCUUUUUAUAACUCAUAUUAGUCAAUUAUACAAUUCAAAUAUUAUUUUUAUUAAACAAUAAUUUUUCGGUGCAAAAAUUGUAUGAAUAUUUGUUAAUAUGUUAGUUUUGGAACUUGACAUUCAUAUUUUUUUUUUCUAGUAAAAUACUAUCCUUUUGUGAAAGUAACAAAAAAUCUUGUGUUUAUUUAUCUUUUUUUUUUUUUGUAUUCUAAAAAGCCCAAUUACAUUCAAUGAAAGCAAUGUACAACGUUAUUGAGUACAAAAUUAAUAAGCAUCUGCUCAAUUUAUUUUGUUAGUGAUUUGCUCUAGUGACAUUUCUGUAUUUUUUACUGAAAACUUAUGAUCAAAAUCAUUAUUCUUUAAAUGUAUUAACAUUAACCAACAUCAUAAAAAAAAGCAUUCUUUAGUAGAAUGUUCAAUAGAACCAUAAGUAAAAUUUUUACUUUUAGCUCUAUUUUGACAAUUAACUUAGCAAAAUUGUAUAAUUUUUUUUAUAUGCAUUUUUAAGGUCUAUUGGCUCAGAAAGAAUCACCAUACCUAAAAAUUGGUAUCAUUUUUAAUUUUUAAAAUAAUGUGGAAUAUUUUUAGGGAUUUCUAAUAGUGAAAUUAUAUUGUUUAUAUUAAGAAGUUAUAUUAUGAUGUAAAUCUAAUGUUUGUAUAAAACGUUAGUUUUUUUUAAAUCUUUGUAAAUAUGCUUUGUAUAUUUUCAUUUCUUUUGUAAUGCAUUUCUAUGAUUUAUUGUCAAAAUGGCAAAUUUUUGGCAAGAUUUUUCUAACUUAUAUCACAAUUUUAGAUCAAAAAGGUUCAAUUUUUAAAGUUAAGUUUAAUUUCUUAAAACAAUGUUAUUUAUUUAAUAGAAUUUGUGUACAAGCAAUUAGUCUGCUAAGCCCAUAAACACCUUUAGAAUUUAAAUUGAGAAAUUUUUGACCCUAUGUGCAGCUCCUUCAGAUUACCAUUUGUUUGACCAUUCAGAAAGCACCUCUUUGAUAUGCAAUUACAAAUACUAGUAGAGUUUACAAAUGGGAAGAAAUAUUUGUAUGAAGGAAAAUUAACACAUUGAUAUUAAGUAUUUUUUUAAUGUAAAAUUUAUAUUGAAUUGAAACUAUUACGAGUUGUUCAGUAUUGAUAAAAUUAUUCUGGAAACUAUUUAAACUUUCUGUUCUUAACAAAUUAUGAAACUAAAAAUAGUAUAUUUUAUUUAUUUUUUGCAGUAAAACUUGCUUUUACUACUCUUUUACAGUUUUUAGUUAAUUGUUUGCCUUUUUAAGGGUAGUAUUGUGUAGGUAUACUCCUCCAAUUAAUGUCCAGUUUUUUUGUUUUGUUUUUUGAUAAAUGGGAUCCUGAUUUUUUCUUCAGUGCACUACAAAACCUGCAAGUUUAAGCAAAUGUUUAAACCACUUGUGGUACUUUUCUCAAACGGUAAUGUGAUAAAAAUCUUCAGACAUAAAAAAUUUCCGUACCUUGUAACUUUCAAAAUUUAUACAUUGUGGGGUCUUAUAGUCGUGCAUGCUUAGCAAUAAUUGAUAGUCCCUUCAGUCAUGAAAUAACUAUCAACUGAGGUAUUUAUAAUAAAAGUAAGAUUCUUCUUUAUAAAUUGACUGCUAUACAUAUUUUCUAGAAGCGAGAACAAUCAAAAGUGUUCAUAUUUGUAAAAUCAUUAGAUUUGUUGUGAAGUUAGUUUUUUCAGCUUUGAAUAAAAUGUUUGUGUAGAUUUCCUUUGUAUGAGACUUUGUCUAACAGUUGAUGCUUUUUAUUGUAUUAUAUCUUGUGAAUAAAAUUAAUGUGAAACCCUUUA